UAAUAUCAAACGAGAUGACGACCAUGUCUUCGAGGUUCUGCUUAACCUGAAGUUUCUGAAUGAAAUUGAACAUGCGUUUCAAGGCCGUGAAGUGAUUACUGAAUAUGAAAACAAAGAUCUUAAAAAUGAGUUGUAUUUCUUUACCAGUGGAGAAAAUAUCGAACUACUUUUUGAAUCAGAAGAUUUAUGUUUGUGUGGCAAUAUGAGAUACAAAAAGAAUUCAAAGUGCAAAGAGUGUCAUGAAAAUUUAUUAAAGGAACAUGCACUGAUAUGCAGAUUGUAUAGAGAGGGAAAGAUAUCAUGCAGCAUGUGUAAAUCUGGUAAAAGAUAUUGGGAUUCCAAGAAAAGGAUUUAUCUUGAUAAAUGCAAAACGUGUAAUGAUAUUAUAGAGAUGAAUAAUUCUAAUCCAGAUUUGGAGAUCAUUUGUAAAGAUUGUAGUAAUAAAUGGAGACAGAUA